AUGAUCUUACUACGACCUCGAACCUUCAUUACACCAUCCCUUUUUCGAAGAUGUUAUUACUCAACGGUGAAUGAUAUUGCUCUACCUAAGACCAGAAAUAUUGGAAUAAUAGCACAUAUAGAUGCAGGUAAAACUACAACUACAGAACGUAUGAUAUAUUAUAGUGGUAGAUCAAAAAGAAUAGGAAAUGUUGAUGAAGGAGAUACUAUUACAGAUUAUUUGCCAUCAGAAAAAGAAAGAGGAAUAACAAUUCAACUGGCAGCUAUAACAAUUCCAUGGAAUGAAAAUAAAAUUAAUAUAAUUGAUACACCAGGACAUGCUGAUUUUACAUUUGAAGUUAUAAGAUCAUUAAGAGUUUUAGAUGGUGCAAUAACUAUAUUAGAUGCAGUUGCUGGAGUUGAAGCCCAAACUGAAAAAGUAUGGAAACAAUCAAGUAAUUUAAAUUUACCAAGAAUAAUAUAUGUAAAUAAAAUGGAUAGACCAGGAGCUGGAUUUAGUAGAACCGUUAAAGAAGUUAUAACUAAAUUAGAAACAAGAGUUGUUUUAUGUAAUUUACCAUAUUUUGAAAUUUCUAAUGAUCAAGAGAUUGAAUUUAAAGGAGUAAUUGAUAUAAUUCAUGGAAAAUUAUUAAAAUGGAAAGAUGAUAGUGAUGGGAAAAGUAUUGAAGUUGAAUCAUUAACUCCAGAUCAAUUUGAAAUGUUUUCAAAAGCUAGAGAAUCAAUGGUUGAAACAUUAGGAGAAUAUGAUGAAUCAAUUAUUGAUGCGUUUUUAGAAACUGAAGAUUAUAAGAAAAUUGAUUCAGAACUAUUAGAUCAAGUUAUAAGAAAAGCUACAAUUGAUAAUUUUAUAACUCCUGUAUUUUGUGGAUCAUCUUUUAGAAAUAUUGGAGUUCAACCGUUAAUGGAUGGAAUUGUGAAAUAUUUACCUUCUCCUUUACAAUCUUCAAUACCAGAGAUUAAAAGUAAGAAUAAACAAAUAGCCAAAAAAAUGGAUUCAAAAGGAUUAAUAUUCAACAAUGAUCAUAAUCUUACCAUAGGUCUCACAUUCAAAGUUAUGACUCACGCAACUCGAGGACCAAUGGCUUUUGUUAGAGUUUAUAGUGGUAAAUUAUCAGCUUCAUCUAAUAUUGUAAAUACAAGAACUGGUAAAAAAUUAUUAAUCAGAAAAUUAUUAAUUAUGCAUGGUGAUUCACCAGAAGAAGUUAAAAAUGUAGGAGCAGGAAAUAUUGCUGUUAUACCUGGUUAUGAUACAGAAUUUCGUACCGGUGAUACUAUAGUUGCAACGAAUAAAAAAUCAAUAGGUGCAUUAGAAUCAAGUUUAAAACUUAUGCCUAUUGAUAUACCACCACCUUUAUUUACAUCAUCAAUUGAACCACAUACUGCUGGUGAUGAAGCACAUAUGAAAAAAUGUUUAGAUAUUUUAAUUCGUGAAGAUCCUUCUUUAAAAGUACAUGUUGAUGAAGAAAUGGGACAAACUGUUUUAAGUGGUAUGGGAGAAUUACAUUUAGAUAUUGUUCGAGAUAGAUUAAUAAAUGAUAUGAAAGCAAAAGCAAAUUUAAGAGAAGUUGCUGUAGCUUUUAAAGAAUCAUUUAUAAAACCACCAACUAAAAUUGUUAAUGAAGGUUUAGAAAUUACUGUUAGUCACGUUGAAAAUUGUCGUGAAUAUGAAAAUGUUGAUGGUGCACAUAUUUAUGAAGAUGAAAAUAAUGUUAUAAUAUUAUCAGAUUCUGCUGCUUCUGAAUUUGUAAAAGAAUGUUUAUCGGAAAGACGAUGGAAAUGUCCUAAAUCAAUAGAAGAUUUAAAAGAAGCUAUAAUUAAUGGUUGUUUAACUUCACUUCAAAUGGGUGGUCCAAAUUUAGGUUUAACUAUAAAUUCAACUCUAAUUCAAAUUGAUAAAUGGGAUGCUGCUGUAGAUAAAUCUGAAGAUUUGAUUCCAACAUUAAUGCAAGCAGGUAGAACAUCUAUUCAACAAUUAAAAAAUGAUUCUAAUUUUGCUAUAUUUGAACCAAUUAUGGAAACAAAAGUUCAUGUUAAUUCAGCAGAUUUAGGUGAAGUAUCACAUGAUUUAACUCAAAGAUGUCAUGCAGUAAUAAUAUCAGUUGAAGAUGAAUCUAAUCAAAAUAUUGAAAUUGCUAAUUGGUCAAUUGAAGAAUCUGAAAAAAUUUAUUUACCACCUGAUUAUACUUUAUCAUCAACUAAAAAAAGAGAUCUUUCAAAUAAAAAAAUUAUUAUAGCUGAAACACCAUUAAAAGAAAUGAUAGGUUAUUUAUCUAAAUUAAGAGCUUUAACUCAAGGUAGAGCAACAUUUGAUAUGAAUUUUAUAGGAAUGAAACGAGUUGUUGGAACAAGAAUUGAUUCAAUAACUAAAUCUACAUAA